AUGCUUACCCACUCCAAAUCUACUGACCAACGCAAGGUCUCCCCUCCACGUCCUUCCUACAUGUCGAACAAUCAAAUCGCAAGCUAUUUGAAGGACCUUCGGACGAAUCGUCCAGUUCGCCCAGCCGGCUCUCGUCCGUAUCCCGGUAAGCCGGCGACUUCGACCUCGCUUCAAGACCUCCCUCCCCGUGCAUCAUCCGCAUUCUCCAUGUAUGAACCUUCCGAAGAUCCAGUUCUCGCUCAACCUCGCUCUGGUAGUGCCCUCUCACACCGCCGUAAAAUCUCCAAUUCUCCCGAAGGUGGCCCAACAGGUUGUGCACUAGUCCAGGAGCCACGAACGGUCUCGCUGCGAAAGACAGUUUCCCCAUCCCAGGUAUUCUCACAAUCGGUCCCGUUACCAUCACCUUCAGUUCCGUCUUAUCGAGAGAAUGGCCAGCGACGCCAUGAGAAGGAGGAAGCUCGGUCGCUACGCGAUGCGCUACGGGAAAUGGAUUUAAAUGACGAUGUUCGUCUUCAUCAUGCUGCUCAGGAUGAGGCGACAGAGCUCGUGUGGAUGCAUCAGAACCCCGGAAUGCCGCUCAAGAACCCAGACGCUCCCUACCGAAAUCCCGAUGUCUGCAGAGAUAAUCGAAAUCCAAAUAUGGAGACCUCUUUCCGAACUCGAAAGAGUUCUAGCUCGAGUUCAAGAAAGUCCCGUCAAUCCUCCAGCGGGUCUUCGAGCUCUGAAACACCGGAGCCUAUAAAGCGCUCCUCUAUGGCUGGAAGCUCGAAGAAGAAUCUCAAAGUCAAUUUUGACUUGCCUCCGGAAGAGUCAGAUGUGACAUCUGUGCCUACUACUCGAAACGACUCCUCUAAGGGCGUUUUCAGAAACCCCGACGAUCAAAUCUACAAAGAUAUUGGUGAAACUACUAAUGAAGUAUCCGGGACAAAACCUGACCUGUCCCAGACUGGUUCUUCGACCCAAGACAAGCCCCGAAACGCCUUUACACGUAUCCCAAAACCUCUUCCUUGGCUACGUGAUCGGAACGCCAACGGGGGUUCCGUGCGAGAUAAGAUUUCUCGAUUUGAUAUUCACAAGAACCCACCGACUCAAUCUCGGAAUCCUGCGUACACGAGUAAUGAACCUACUACACCUCCUACCCCAAGCCCACGCGUAACAUCAAUCCCUACGAAAGAUGGAAUUGAGAUCCGUGACGAUGACAUUCGGGCUGCCACGAGCAAGAGGCUUAAAGACAGAAGCGAGAAUUUGCCCAUGCCUUCUGCCGUGAGCGACAAAUUCGGACGCCCGAUCGUUAGCUUCGAUCCGAAAUGGCGACCAAGUGACCAGCCUAAACCAGACCGGCGACCCCAGGCGCCAUCUCCUGUUUCGGUUCCAGUUAUUGAAGUGGCUCCUAGCAUUGAAGUGUCCCAGCCACCAAUCCCGGUGAUCAAUGUUCCAGCUAUCCAUGAGCCGACGAUUGCUGAAAUCGCCGAACCCUCUCGGCAACAGAAUAAAUCAGCAAGACCACAACCACAGCCACAGGCGACAAGCCGCCAGAAUCACCAGGUACCCCCUAGAAGACAGCCAGUAGAACCCCAGGAACGGUGGUACUCUCCCUACUCUCGAUCUGGCGUCCCCACUGCCGCCUGCAAUUCUUGUUCUCUUCCUAUUUCUGGCAAGAUUGUGACUGCCGGUGGAUGUCGCUUCCACCCAGAAUGCUUUACCUGCUUCAAUUGCCACACGCAUCUUGAGUGCGUGGCAUUUUACGAGGAGCCAGCUGCCAGUAGGGCUGAACGAGAAGCAAGUAAUCCAGAUGGGGAUCGCGUACCUCGAUUUUACUGCCAUUUAGAUUUCCACGAGUUGUUCAGUCCACGCUGCAAGAGUUGCAAGACUCCGAUCGAAGGAGAAAUUGUGGUUGCAUGUGGUGCCGAAUGGCAUGUCGGUCACUUCUUCUGUGCUGAAUGUGGUGAUCCCUUCAACUCAUCCACUCCAUUUGUUGAAAAGGACGGUUUCGCAUGGUGUCUUCGAUGUCACGGUCGCCGCACUUCAUCCCGCUGUGUAGGAUGUAAACAGCUCGUCUUAGACGACGUAGUGAUCAGUGCAAUUGGCGGUCAGUGGCAUGAGAGUUGCUUCGUCUGCCACGAAUGCGGCGAUGGAUUUGGGCCUGAUGGUCGGUUUUUCGUUCGCGAGGGCGAACCAAAGCGAACUGCCAAGGGCCGCAUCAUUGGCGGUCCUGUACAGCUGGCUGCCUGUGAGCGAUGCGAAGGUAUUCGCCUGAAGGCUCCGGGUAUGUGCUAG